AUGUAACAAUCUACAGCCAAAAAUCUGAGGGACUUGCUCAUUAAACAAUAAUUGAAUUCUAAGAUUCAUUUCAAGGGUGAACCAAUUAAAGUCCCACUUAGAAAACAGUCAAGCACUUGGGAAUGCUAAUGCAAUCUCAAGCAUUGUGCAAUCUGUGCUCGCAAGAAGGUGAAUCAGAGUCCCAUGAUCAGACAAUAGGAUUCACGAAGAGACGUCAAGGUUGGGAGUUCAAUCUCAGCCCAUCAAUCACCGAACAGGGAGAAACAAAGUCAAAUAUUAAUGAAUAGACAACCAUCUGCGAAGAAACCACUGUAUCCAGACAAUGUUAUCUAUCACAAAAGCAAUGUCAGCAAUUCGUAAGUGUACGAACAUAGUUAUCAAUUGAAAAGUAAAGUAGUACCAAAAAAAGUGGAGAGCAAAAGUAUGUUGAGUAGCACAUAGAUGUCAUUUAAAUUGAAAUUGGCUAGCAAAUACAGUUCUGCGAAUUCAGCAAAUUCAAUCAAUUCGCAAUCUCGUUCUGAACAGAUAUUGAACUCGAUAUCUGAAUCAGCUCCGAAUUCUCCCAAGAAAGACAAGCCAUCUUAUAGUCGCAAAUCAGAGUUGAAUGACAAAACUCAAUUGGUAGCACAAUAGGUGGAGAGUCUUCCCCCAGAGAUAGUGGGACGUUAACAUUUUAAAUUUCUCUACGUGAUUGGUAAGGGAGGAUUUGGUAGAGUCUGGAAGGUGGAAAUGAAGAAGAAUAAAAAGAUGUACGCUCUAAAGGAAAUGGCGAAGGCUAAGAUCAUUCAGAAACGUAGUGUAAAUUCUGUGCUAAAUGAGAAAUACUUGUUAGAACAUCUUCAUCACCCCUUCCUUGUUAAUAUGUCAUAUGCAUUCUAAGAUAGAGACAAUCUCUACCUUAUCAUCGAUCUCUUAACAGGAGGUGAUUUGCGUUUCCAUCUAGGCAAGAUGAGAAAAUUCAGUGAAGCUUAAACAAAAUUCUUCGUUGCCUGCAUUCUACUCUCCCUUACAUAUCUACAUCAACACGGCAUCAUCCAUCGAGAUCUAAAGCCAGAGAAUCUAGUCCUGGAAGAAGAUGGCUACAUGAGAUUGACUGAUCUUGGAAUUGCACGCAUAAACAAGGGCAAUAAUGCUGGAGAUACUUCUGGCACUCCAGGAUAUAUGGCACCUGAAGUAAUGUGUAGAAUGGAUCACUCCAUUGUGGCUGACUAUUAUGCAUUAGGUGUCAUUACAUAUGAAUUAAUGCUUGGACGUAGACCAUAUAAUGGUAGAACCAGACAAGACAUUCGUGAAUAGAUCUUGGCUAAAUAAGUUUAAGUAAGGAGAGAAGAAAUGCCUAAUUAUUGGAGUGAGAGUGCUAUGGAUUUUGUUAAUACAUUAAUCUAACGGAAACCGGAGAGAAGAUUGGGAGCCAAUGGGAUUGAAGAGAUUCUCCAUCAUCCUUGGCUCAAAGGAUUUCCAUGGGAUGAUCUCUUAAAAAAGAAGUUGACAGCUCUUUACACUCCAGGAUCUGUAGACAACAAUUUUGAUUUCCAAAAUUAGAUAUCAGAAGAGACACAAUUGAAUGAAGAGUAAGUACUCGAAAAUCAAGUGAUGUUACGUAGAGAUACUGUCUAAGCACUAUUUGAUGGGUAUCAAUAUGAUGCCGAACUCUCUAAAUUAUAACAUCAAUAAACUCAAAAAAACUCAUAGAGAAGAUUCUAAUAAUCACCUGACAAAAAAUGA